CAUUACUGUCUUCUCCUCCAUGGUCUAGUCCAGUUCAGUCCCACUUUCAAGAAAAAAAAAAAGUUGGAGGAGACAGAGAAAGAGAAAGAAACAGAAGAAGCAUUCUCUUUUCUUUCUUUCUUUCUGCUUUUCUUUAGAUUCAGAUCUUCAGGGUUCAGCAGAGUGAGUGAGUGAGUGAGUGUGUGAGAGAGAUAGAGAGCCAAAAACACUUUUUACAGAGGGAGAAGAAGAGUUUGAAUCAACUCCAAAGCUCACUCUCUUCUUUUUUCACUUUUUUGUUUUUGAGUUCUUCUCUGAUUCAUUAUUAUCGACAUUUUUUCUUUUCAAGAUCUGUGAAGUUUGUCUCUAGAAAUCUACGAGGCUUAUUAGGAUCUGGAGACGAGGGUUUUAAUGUGUGUCUCUAGGAAAACUUAAUCAAACGGUUCAUAUUCCAAGUUUGUCUGUUCCAAUUCUUUCUCAUUUAAGAAUCUUUGCUGUCAACCAGUUUGAAUGUUUUUCUUGUUUCAAAUUCUUUAGUCAACCACCACCACCACAUCUCUAGGUAAACUUAACCAAGGGUUCAGAUUCUAUACUCCAAGCAUUUAGGUUUUCAUAUAACAUUUUGAAAACUGAAGCAAAAAACCAUCCAUUUCCUUCAUUUCAUUUCAUUCCUGGAGACUUCAGUCCAUAUCCAAAAUGCAGCGUCCACAGCACCACCCACCGGAGGAUUUCUCAUUAAAAGAGACAUCACCACAUCUUGGUGGUGGAGGUCUUACUGGUGACAAACAUACUAGUAGCUAUGACCUGGUUGAGCAAAUGCAAUAUCUAUAUGUUAGAGUUGUAAAAGCGAAAGAUUUACCAGCUAAAGAUGUUACAGGAAGUUGUGAUCCUUAUGUAGAAGUCAAACUUGGUAACUACAAAGGUACAACUAGGCAUUUCGAAAACAAGUCUAACCCUGAAUGGAACCAAGUGUUUGCAUUUUCAAAAGAAAGGAUUCAAGCUUCUGUUGUUGAGAUUUUAGUCAAAGAUAAGGAUUUUGUGAAAGAUGAUUUUAUGGGGAGGGUUUGGUUUGAUCUUAAUGAAGUUCCAAAGAGAGUUCCACCAGAUAGUCCUUUGGCACCACAAUGGUAUAGGUUGGAAGAUCGAAAGGGAGAUAAAGCUAAAGGAGAGCUUAUGUUGGCUGUUUGGAUGGGUACUCAAGCUGAUGAAGCGUUUCCUGAAGCGUGGCAUUCUGAUGCUGCAUCUGUUAGUGGUGAUGGACUUGCGAAUUUCCGGUCCAAGGUGUAUCUGUCUCCUAAGUUAUGGUAUCUGAGGGUAAAUGUGAUCGAAGCGCAGGACUUGCAACAUGUUGACAAGGCUAAGUUUCCAGAAAUUUAUGUUAAAGCUAUUCUCGGGAAUCAGGCUUUGAGAACAAGAGUGUCUCCGAGCAGGAAUACUAAUCCGUUAUGGAAUGAGGAUUUGAUGUUUGUAGCUUCGGAACCGUUCGAGGAGCAUCUGAUCUUGAGUGUGGAAGACAGAGUGGGGCCAAACAAGGAUGAGAUCCUGGGUAGAUGUGCGAUCCCUUUACAGGCUGUUGAGAGGAGGCUGGACUAUAAAUCUGUGCAUACAAGGUGGUUUAAUCUCGAGAAACAUAUUAUUGUUGAUGGAGAGAAGAAGAAAGAUGGUAGGUUUGCGAGUAGGAUUCAUUUGAGGAUCUGUCUCGAUGGUGGGUACCAUGUACUUGACGAGUCCACUCAUUAUAGUAGUGAUCUCAGACCUACAGCGAAGCAGCUGUGGAAGCAAAACAUUGGGGUUCUGGAGGUGGGAAUUUUAACUGCUAAUGGGUUGCUUCCGAUGAAGAUAAAAGACGGCCGAGGCACCACAGACGCUUAUUGUGUGGCCAAAUAUGGGCAGAAGUGGGUCAGAACGAGAACUAUUAUCGAUAGCUCUACUCCAAAAUGGAAUGAGCAAUACACAUGGGAGGUUUACGAUCCUUGUACUGUUAUUACAAUUGGGGUUUUUGAUAACUGUCAUUUACAUGGAGGAGGAGAUAAAGGUGGUGCUAAGGAUUCGAGGAUCGGGAAGGUGAGAAUUCGGCUCUCUACACUUGAAACUGACCGGGUUUACACACACUCAUAUCCUCUUCUGGUUCUUCAUCCAUCUGGAGUCAAGAAAAUGGGUGAGAUUCAGUUGGCUGUAAGGUUUACAUGUUCAUCUUUGCUUAAUAUGAUGCAUAUUUACUCUCAGCCAUUGUUACCCAAAAUGCACUACAUUCAUCCGUUAUCUGUUACUCAGCUCGAUAACUUAAGGCACCAAGCUCAUCAGAUAGUCUCGAUGAGGCUAAGCCGUGCCGAACCACCACUAAGGAAAGAGGUUGUGGAGUAUAUGUUGGAUGUAGAUUCACAUAUGUGGAGUAUGAGAAGGAGCAGAGCUAAUUUUUUCAGAAUUAUGGGAGUUCUGAGCGGAUUAAUCGCGGUUGCCAGAUGGUUUGAUCAAAUCUGUGUUUGGAAAAACCCUCUUACUACAGUUCUGAUCCACAUACUCUUCAUAAUACUUGUUCUGUAUCCGGAAUUGAUUUUGCCCACCGUUUUUCUCUAUUUGUUCUUAAUUGGUGUUUGGUACUUCCGCUGGAGACCAAGAAAUCCACCUCACAUGGAUACUCGACUCUCCCAUGCUGAUAAUGUACAUCCAGAUGAACUAGACGAAGAGUUUGAUACUUUUCCCACCUCUCGACCUAAUGAUAUUGUGAGAAUGAGAUAUGAUCGAUUGAGAAGUGUUGCAGGGAGGAUUCAAACUGUGGUUGGUGAUUUGGCAACCCAGGGAGAAAGAUUGCAGUCUCUCUUGAGCUGGCGUGAUCCAAGAGCUACAGCUCUGUUCGUGACCUUCUGUUUGAUUGCUGCUGUUGUACUUUAUGUUACACCCUUUCGAGUUGUGGCCCUCAUUGCUGGAUUUUAUGUAUUAAGGCAUCCUAGGUUCCGUCACAGGCUUCCUUCAGUACCUCUCAACUUUUUCAGACGAUUGCCUGCAAGAACUGAUAGUAUGCUAUGAGAAGUAACCAUUAUGUUGCUAGAUUAUUAAUCGGAAGUAGCUCGUUUUGUUCAUUUUAAAUUGAAUGCAAGUGAUGUGUUCUGUUAUGAAUUUGUAACUUCUUUCAUUCCCUGUUCAGGACUUGAAAGAAUGAUAGAAUUCCGUAGUCUGUUUUAUGUUAUCAGUCGAAGGUUUCUGUUUCUAACUUUGUUGUUUGAUUUCCAUAAUCAAUGCAUGUUGAUGUUCUAAA